GCCAAUGCCCGGCCCGUGCGCCCAAUCAUGCACGGGGAGCGGCCCCUCCGUCCCUGCUCUUCUUCUCCCCCUCCUCCUCCUCCUCCUCCCUUCUCAGAAUGUUGUUUGCUUACACCAUUCUCACGCCGACGUUCGUCUCUCAAAGUUCGCCCCCUCCGAUCACCCCUGGGGGCCGGUAGUGUUGCGUCACUGGAACUUGCAUGCAGGGAUCCGCCAGGGAGAGAGGGCGGAACGUUUGGCAGGCGGGCACAUUCUUGAACGGCUAAGAGGAGGCUCAGCUACGAAGGAUGCUGCGGUGAAAAAGCCCCAGAUCAAUUUAGCAUCAAGCUUGGAGGCGUCCCGAGCUAUCCUGAUAUGGCUGUUGAAGAGCAGCAUAGCCAUCAUGACAAGUCUCAUCACAACUUCUGCUGUCAUGGUCGCGUUCGAAUUCACAGCGCACAAGAUUAAACCUGACCUUCAAGAGAGUGGGAUGCCCGACAUGCUGGCGGCCUUGGUACUUGCUGGCUCCCUUGUUGGCUCCGGUCUUGGUGGGCUCGUCCUGACAAAGCUCUCCCCUUCUCACCCGACAUUCCUCGCGCUCCUCGUCAGCGGACUCUUCACAGCAGCUCAGAAUCUCAACCUGCAGACAGUGGAGCAUCCCCCCUGGUAUCACGUUGCAGGCAUUCUCUCUUUCAUCCCUCCGUACCUGCUCGCAUCCUUGCAGCCUUGGGAGAGGAAAUCCAUCUCCAUGACGCUCGGAGCGCUGGGAAAAGGGUCCCCCAGAAAGGCCAAGUCACCGGUAAAGACCACUCGCUUCAAGCUUGAUCCUGCGUACGAUCAGGCAGAGGAGAACGAGCUUCAGGAUGAGGAGGUGCAAAGCACUGAGGAUCGAACAGAUGCUUCAGAGCCAGACAAGACAUCGAAAACCCCCAAGAAGAGCAAGACCCCCAAGACGCCGAGUUCGGGCAAGAAAGAGUCCAAGACCCCUAAGAAGACGCCGCGCAGGAAGGAUAAAGACUCAUAAGAGGACGUAGAGGAUGGUGUGAUGGACUGUUUCCUCUCCUCUGCUUCACCCGCAGUUUGGAUUUUCCCAACAGACUGAACUUCGUGCAACUUGUCCCUUGGGGCUUUCGCAGGCUGCCACUCACGUUCACGACAGUUUCAACGAGACGUUUAUUGAGUCAGAUGUUUUCUUUUCGCAACGUAUGAUAAUAUUUCUGCUCUGAUCUUGGAGGCAUAGAGAAUAUGUUAAUAAAACGAGUUGUCAUUCU